CAGAGGCCGUAGUGGCCUGGGCAACAGCGCAAGAACAUCAAGAACGCAAGAGCAAAAUAUCUUCCAAAGUUCUACUGUAUCUUCUGAUUUUAAAGUCCUUUGAAUUAUUUGCAGUCAGCUUUGGCAUUGUAGCUUUUAUACUUUUCACUACUUCAACACAAGACUGUAAAUGGAACGAUAUCUUUAUUGCGUUCAACUUGGGAGCUUGUUUCAUCUCUUUUGGUAUUUCCCUACAUCCACGGAUAAGACUUAACCUUCGGCCAGCGGUUAUGUUCUUGCCAUGCGCAGUGGUGAUAUUCCAUUCAGUUUUCGUCAUGGUUGUUGCGUUCUCAACACAAGAUAAUCCCGGAUGUAACCUUGAAAGAACGUUUCUUUCGGGAAAGGAGCUUAGGAUUGGAGUAAAUGUGAGAGUUAUUGUAGCUCUCUUUGUGAUGCACACGACAUUGUUUUAUGAAUGCUUACGUAACAACGAUAAUUCUUUCACUCUUAGACUUUUGAGAGACACGGAUAUUGAUAAUGGAUUGAUUGAAGAAGAGGAUGAAAACGAAGAAGAUUUACCUUACAGUUACCCCGCAUUUCACUUCUUAAUGUUAACAGCAUCUCUGUACACCCUGGCAACUUUGACAAACUGGUAUGGUCCGGUAAUGAACCAGUUUUCUCCGAGUGACAACUCUUUACUUAUUGGACUGCAGGCGCACUGGAAACCAGCUCAAAUAGUCUUCAUGGUAACAUGUUGCGUACCUGUUUUGCUGUACAUUUGUUUCAUGAUCUUUGCUAUAGUAACACAUGAACCACAGUUUUACCAGCCGCACGUUUUAUCAGGAAAUUAUUCCAGCCUAGCACCAGAAGAAAGCCUUAAGAGUAUCAACAGUUUCUCUCCUUCCACAAACAGGAAAAGCUACGAUAAAAACAAACGGAAUAAUGAUACUAACGAUCAAAUCGAUUUAGAAACCGCUUGUGAAAUGCUGAGGACUGGUAAUGAGUGUGCGUCAAAACACGAUCUGAGUUCACAAAGCGAUGGUGAAAACUUGGUCAUAAGGUGUAGAAAAAUUCGAAACACUUCCAUAAAUUUUUACCAUUUUCCAAGAGACAUCUGUCAGUCGUAUUAUGGUGGUAGAAAUGGUAGUAAUGCUUGUACAGUGAUCGCUGUGCUGAUAGCAAGAACAUUUUGCUGUGGUGAUGUAAAACCACAGCAAACGGAAAACCUCAGUGACACUUGGAUUAACUUAUUCAGUAGCUGUAUUGCUGAGGGGAACAGGCGGUAUGACAUGCUUAUCAACUCAAAACAACAAGGCGUUAUUUACUUGUCUGUUGAGGACGUAGUUGAAGAGUUUGGAAACACUUUACAAGUUAAAAACCUCGGCUGUUCUCUUCCGGUCAGCUUUGUUUCAGAAACCGAGACUGCAACCAUUGGCUUUCAGCUUGAAAGGUUACAGAAACUUCACGAAAGACUUGCAGUUAUAUUUAUCAAAGAUUCCCGAUCCGGGGUCUUUCUUUUUGACAAGGACGGCCCCCUCCUGUUUGCUGACAGUCAUCCUUAUGGAUCAGGAGGAGCAAUGCUUGUUUGCACGUCUGAUGUUAGGGAGUUGGUAAUGCUGUUAGCUGAGAUCCUUCAAAUGGUUUCGUUGGAGGGUCUCGGUACCUUGACUCCAGUCUAUUUUUACUAGACAUGGAUCUUCAGUUAGUAGAAACGACUCACUUCAGUUUCAAUCUUGUUUCAUUGACUGUAUUUCUUCCAAGCUUAGAAUAAUGGUAGUAAUAUUACUUUCACCUAGUUUUCUUUUCAGUAAAACGUGGGUCUCUGUUUAAUGCUCUCUCCAUUAUUAAGCGCGCAUUCCCCUUUGUGAUUCACGCCUCAAUGUUGAUAUGCAAGACGGGGAAGAUAUUGAGGCCCAAAAAAAUAAAGAUUUUGUAACAUUUCAUAAACUUUUAUUUCACAAACGAAGAGGCCCAACCCAUGUAUUACUGUAACACGAGGAAAAUUUGAGUUCACUGGAGGCCGUGGGUGAGUGGUUUAUAUGGGGGCAAACAAAUAAUAUUCAGAAUAGUAUUUGACACAUCAGAAAAUAACGUGUUUUAAAGCUGGUUUUCAUUUUCACUUUUACCUUCGUUAGCUCAUAAACCUAAGCAACACACGCAGACGCACUAAGAUGCUGAUAUAUCACCGCGCUUUUUGUUUUAGGAAAUUUCCAAACAAAAAGGGCUGAACUCUAGAUCGAUGGGUCCAGGUUCGGGCCGUAGCAUGGGUCAUUUUGUUGUGUUCUUGGGCAAGACGCUUUACUCUGACAGACCUCUCUCCACCCAGGUGUAUAAAUGGGUACCGGUGAAUUUAAUGCUGGGGGUAACCCUUCAAUGGACAAGCAUUCCAUUUAGGGGGGAUUAGAAUUACUCCUACUCACUUAAUGCUACGGAAACCACUGGACACCAACGGAAACUGGGAUAAGUUCCGGCGGUAAGGACCAUUUGGUUCGACGCAGACUUCAGCAGUGGCUGAGGUUCAUGAAAUACGUCACUUAAAAACUAAAAAAAGAUACUUGUGUGUAUCUUAGAUUAAUCCAAAUAAUAAUCAAAUAGCUUGGGGAAAGUAUUAACUGCACAUUGCCUCGUCGAUGUGUUGAAGUCCGCACGUGAGCCAACCCACAUUUAUGGAGCUGGUGUGACGCACGAAGAGAACACGUCACGUCACGCGUGAUCGCGCAAGUUAACGCUACAGGUAAACAAACGUGCCGCCGCGUUAAAGAUGUGUCGAGUACUGCAAGACAUUCACUGUGACAUUGUGGUUCGUUUAUAACUGUUUUCAUAAUUCUUGCAGGUCAGAAGUUUUCCUAAAAACAUUGCUUUAAUCCACUUUUUUCCAAAGACAGAAUUAAUUGCAAUGUUAUUGUUUCGCGCCACAAAUGGUUAUCCCGGCAUUCUUUUAAUAACCUUUCUCAGGCACCCGUCAAAUCGUCAAAUUUCAAGCAAACAAGGGAGUGAUUUAAAACGCCGUAAAUGCUUUGUUUUGAAGUAAAAAAACAAAUAUUUCCCCAGGGGUUUGAUUUUCAGGCGGUUUUAUUGUUAUUCUGAAAUUCUUGUGCCAAAAUUUCCUUUGUGACUGUGGACCGUGAAGUGACUUCAAGAUAAUUGAUAACAAGUAAGUCAACAGUCAACAACGUGUGCCGUUAUUCGCUCUAAAAGUGAUCCCUUGACCUUAGCAACAAAGCUUUUCACUCAACCAUUGAGAUAAAACGUGAUUUAGUUAGAAAUCACAGACUCUUUUUAGUGGCGGUUUACUGUUCCGUUUGCGUUGCCAUAAGCGAUCGAGUGGUGAAAAUUAGAGAUUCACUUCAAACACAUGUGUCGUGGCACUGGUAAACACAAUAAUUAUGAAAUACAGAAGCUUGUUGCAGAUGACAGAGUAGAAGUUUCUUUGCACGUCGUGAGGAUUUGGAAGACUUCAA